GGGCCGAAGUGCUGGUUCACGUGCUUUGACGGUUCUGUUCUCCCUACCAUGGCAUUUGUCGCCAGCUCGUCAUCGUUGAAAAUCUGUCCUGUGUGCAAUGCAAAGCCAACGAAAUACACGUGUCCUGGGUGCGAAACACCCACUUGCUCUCUCCCUUGCUCGAAGAUGCACAAAGAACGUACUCAAUGCACCGGCGAGCGGAAUAAAGUCAAAUACGUUCCAAUGAAUCAAUACGGAUGGGGGGAAAUGAUGCGUGACUAUACAUAUCUGGAGGAUGUUGGCAGAAAAACAGGCCAAUGGAGUAAGGAUGGCUCUGGGUACGGCGGCUGGAAAGGAAAGGGAAAGUCUAGGGGAGGCAGGCGCGAAGCUCUGCAAAGUUACUUUGAAACUCUGGAUAUUACAAUGGACCUGCUUCCGAUGGGAAUGUCCAGAAGAAAGCUAAAUCAAUCUACUUUGGAUUCAAGGACACAAAUCGUAUAUCUUACCGUUGAAGUCAGAAAGCACACUUCUGCAACGACGCAUUCCGCGAUCUUGACACACCGAAACAAACUCGAUACUGUUCUCUCAGAUAUUAUUGAUGUUCAUCCAUCCUCGUGGUGUGUGCUUCGAGGUCAAAAUGAGCCCGUAGACAGAUCCAAGACACUCGGAGAAGCAUUGAAGGGCGUCACAUUUGUCGAGUAUCCGACGUUCGAUGUUUGGGAGGAGAAACCCAAGAGAAUGGCUGUCGGCGUGUUAAAGGGCAUUCUGAAUGGAUAUGGUAGUGAGGACGAGGGGAAACCAACCCAAAAUAUCACUCAAGAAGGUGGUAUGGCUGCGUUAGGAGAUUAUGGUUCAAGUGAAGGGAGUGACCAAGGUAGUGAGGCGGAGGUUGAUUGGGGUGAUUCAGAGAUAGACGAGGAAGCGGUCCAUUCUUGAAACUGGAUUCAGUGACGGUUUAUGUUCCUUGCCUGCCAUGAGCGUUUACCGACGCCGUUCUCCUCCGCCUUUCCAUGGAUUAACGAUACGCGUCAUCAAGGCCGUAAGAUUUUAAGGCCCGGGAGUAACCUCUUUCCUUCCCCACCUCCUGCCGAUAUUUACCCGGUGGAUUCUAGGUCAAUGGGUUGAUUUCACACCAUCCGUAAUA